GUUCGCGCCUUGCGGUGCAGAGCAGUGCGUCACUUACUUCCCUAGGUCAGCUAGGCUCCUACACCUCAUCAAAACUCUAUCUGCUCACUCAGCCAUGUUUGUGCUCGCUGGUCUACUCAUGGUCGCCGCCCAGUCCUUGUCCCCAGCUCACGCCUGGGGUGGUCUCUUUAACCGCUUCAGUCCAGAGAUGUUGACCAACAUGGGCUACGGUGGCCACGGUAGCUUCAGAGUGCAGCCGUUUUUACAACAGAGUCCUCGAGAGACGUUUCAAGAGCUGCAAGAGAUUGAGAGGGACACCGAGCAAGACUGCUACGACCUGGAGUGUGUCGCCAACGACCAAUGUUGUCCUGGACAAGUCUGCAUCAUCCUGGAUAGCAAUAUCGGCCACUGUGUGUACGUGUUUGGACUGAGGUUGGGCGAGUUCUGUCAGCGGGACAGUGAGUGUGAGACUGGCCUAGUCUGUAUGCAUACUGGAGACACACGGUCCUGCCAGCCAGCUGUAGCUAGUCGCAAACAAUACAGUGAAGACUGUAUGAUGAGCAGUGAGUGUGAUAUCCACAAGGGGUUGUGUUGCCAGUUCCAGCGUAGACACCGCCAAGCAGCACGCAAGGUUUGCUCCUACUUCAAGGACCCCCUGGUGUGUAUCGGCCCCGUGGCCUCGGACCAGGUCAAGAUGGUCGAGAUGGAGCGUACUGCGGGUGAGAAGAGACUCACCUCCAAGAGCGUUGCCAAUGGUUACAACCACCUCAAGCGCUAAGACAUUGUAGUCGCUGUUUUAAGAGGGUCCCAGAGACCUAGUAGCUCCUAGUCAACAGUAUACAGCGUUAAGGCCGAUACACUGUUUUAUGUUAAAUGUAACUCCCUACCCAAGGCCUACUUAAAAUAGUGAUUUUAACUGGUUAUUUCUGUAACUGUUUAGGUUAUGAAUACCUUUGUCCUUAGUUACUUACAUUUCGCUUGGUUCAGUCUAAUCCACGUUGUGCUUUACAUGUUCUGGUAAAGGAAAGCCUACGUCCUUGUUCGGGGUAAAGCAUUCUUCGUAAGUUACGGAUGUCAAAAAGUGUCGUCUUUUAUUCUAUAAAUUUUUUUCUCAAAUCCUAUCAACCGCUUUUAAAUACUUCAUUGUAUCAUUUUUUACACUUUUAUACUAAGGACUAUAAGCGUGUUGACUAAAGUACGAUAUUUUACAUCUCAUCGCUUACCUGGUUUAAAACUUAUGUGAUAUUAUACUUGUUAAGUUUUUAAGGUAAGGUUUCAAAUAAUGUGCACAAAGUUUAGUACUUUAAGGCUGCUCACCGCUUAUGUUGACAGUUUGCUGCAAAUUGUACUUCUGUUAUAUAGUAUAAAGCUUUGUAAAAUAUUAUUAGAAGGUGUUGUUGAAGAGCUGGUUAAGUAUCUACAAUUUAAAUAUCGUUUUUAAAAACAAACGAUAAGUUAUUGUAUUUUGUUAUUUUAAAAAUCUAUUUUACAACAUAUUAGUAUAAACUGAAUUAGAGGCGUUUUAGUAGUAAAUCGUCCUCAAGUCCCUCAAAGUACCUGUAUGGGCCUAAAUAUUUUUUAGAUUUCGUUAACUAUUAUUGUCAGAAAUGGGUCAGAAAUUUGUUAUAAGUACCUAACAAAUAUCAUCCCUAGUUAAAAACCACUUUCAAAGAAUUUGAAAUGUUCGACAAUGAAAACCAACAUAAAAUUGACCUGUUCAAUGUAAAACACGAUGGUUGAAAGAAUGGGAAUUUAAAAAGGGCAAUACCGAUAUAUAGUUGAAAAACUGAAAAUAUUUUAGGUUAUUUUCAGGCUUAUUCUACAUAGAGUAAGUCUCAUGACAACCUGUCUGCCAAUCGUUGUUGGUGAUGUAACAGUUUAUUUUUGUAUUCUCGAUUCAUUUGUGAUGACAUUAAUAUUCUGCCCAUUCUAUUCCUAGCUUCCCUAGUGCGAUAGAUUUAUCUGACGUUGAUUUGGCUUCGAGCGAUAUUUUUAUAAUACACCUCUGUUGUAAGAUUUAUAUAUACUAAUGAGUACAAUGUGUAGCAUUUAUUAUUGUUAAGUUUUCAUAUUUUAUAGAAUACAAGUUGAGUUUCCGAUGCAUUUAUGAGUGUAGACCUGUCCGAAGUGCAUGUAGAUGUGCUGUUACUGUUCUUGUUACUUGCGUUCCGUUCGUCCUACAGUCGGGGCGAGUCAGCAUACAUAUCAUAAGGUGCACCUUCAGAUGCACUCACUACAUAUCAGACUAUACACUAGACUUAGAUAUAGAUGUUAUAUUUAAAUAUUUUGGAUGCAUUUUCAAGAUCUUAACCUUAUAACUGUAUUUGUUUCAAUUGUAUUGUAUGAAAUAAAAUAAAUGGCCAAACUAU